CAAAGAACAAUCCUCACCCACUCUCUCCCUCACCCCUUCGGCCAGAACACCAAGCAAGAGCCAAGAAAAUUCUCCAUCCUCCUUCUCCUUUGUUGAAGAGAGCUUUACAAGAAAGAAUACCAAGAAAAGGAGCUAAAGUGUUAAAAGUGUGAAAGGAUUAAGGAACUUGAUUAAAGUGUUUUUGAGCUUCGCCGGAGUUUCGCCGGAGUUGGUCAAAGUUCGCCGGAGUUGGUCAAAGUUCGCCGGAAUUAGUCAAAGUUCAACCGCGGAGCGUAGAACACGCUUAAGCUCACUUAAGUUUCAGGUAGAACUUGAAGGUUGCUACCAGUGCCGUUGCUCCGAGAGAAUUCAGGAGAAGAAGACGUGAAAUGGAACGUACCGGCAAGGUUACUCGACGAAACCCGACUGGCCAGGCACUGGGAAGGUCCCAACAUGGCAGUCGAGGGGCAUCGAGGGUGUCCAGAGGACAGGGUCGUGCAGGCCAUUCGUUGACCGUGAGUGACGGUCAUGUUGAAACAAUAGACGAGCAUUAUGAGUCCGAGGAGGAUUCGACGUACCGACCGGGAACGGAGCCGGUUGAGACCCCAUAUGAUGGGGAAGAUGAUGACGUGAGUGAAGGGAGCGAUGAUAAUGGCGCUCUGGAGAGAAUCGAGGAAUUGCUCCGGCAAUACCAGCAAGAUCGCCAAAGGCGCCGAGCAAGGCGUGCUUUGGAAAGGGCUUCGAGGAGGGGAAGCCGCGUGACUCCUAGGGAGAGCAUUGAACCCCGAGGAGGUCGAGGUGCCGAGGUUCCUAUUAUACGGAUCUCGAAGUACCUCAAGGAGGCAAGAGAUUUGGGCUGUAAACCGUUUGACGGAACGGGAGACAUCUCCGUUGCGGCCGAAUGGAUCAAAAGAUUCAACGAAGCGGCCCUUGAUACGCAACUGCCACCCCACAUGAAGAUGAGAGUGGCAACAAGAUUGCUAGAAGGCAUGGCGUCCACGUGGUGGGACGGAGUUAAAGGGAAGUACGGCGAGGCCGUCACUUGGGAGAACUUUAGGCAAGAAUUCUUUAGUCAAUACUACUCCGACUUCGAGGUGAACUUGAAGAGGAGGGAGUACACGAAUUUGACCCAAGGAGGGGAAUGCACGGUGAAAGAACUUGAGCACAAGUUCAGAAAGCUUGCCGAGUUCAUACCGGAGUACAUAUGUGAUGAGAACCGGAUGGUGAAUCACUUCUGGGAUGCCUUGGACCUUGACAUACGCGAGAGGGCAACACAAUUGCCUAAUAUGACGUUUAGUCAAGUGGUUGAACAAGGCCUGGAGGGAGAGAAGGAGCGGGAGGAAAGAAAGCGAAGGAACGCCGAGGAGGCGAAGAAGAGGAAGUGGGAAAGCCAUGGCCCCCAAGGUUCUAAAAAAAAGGGGAACCACGGGGGAGGGGGAUCGUUCAGAGCACCGGCACCGCCAUCCAAGGGAAACCCGGCUUUCGGCGGGCACAACUCGGGCUCACAAGCCUCAACGGCGCCCAGGUGCCAAAAUUGCAACAUGAGCCACGCCGGUAAGUGUCGUGACCCUCCUCGGUGCUACCAAUGUGGAGACACGGGGCAUAUUAAACCAAAUUGCCCUCAACUUGGUGGGAACCGGGGGGCGGGAUCAAGCGGCGCUACUACGGCAAGUAGGAGUUGGACCGGAGCACCCCAUGCUAGUACGGGGCAAGGGGGAGCGAGCACCAGCAAUGCGCCGUCCGUGAAUCAAGGAAGGACGCAAGCUAGAGUCUACGCAAUGACCGAGGCCGAUGCUCGGGAUAAUCCCGACUCCGUCGCAGAUUUAAGGGAAGAGCUUACCGGAAGACGUUAUCAAGGUGCCACACUUGUCUGAGUAUUUUGAGUCCAGCUGCUAGCAGAUACUAAAGCUAAGGUUAAGGCCCAGGCCGAGGAAGAUGAUGAGAGAGUGGAACGCGUGCCAAGAUGAGUUAACGGGAACGACCUUGGCGGCUUCUAGCUAGAUAUUAUUUAGUUUUCAGUAUUUCAGUGUUAUAAUAAAGUGAUAAAUAUUACUUUAUUUUUAUUUGAGGAUUUGAAGUUCAGUAAAUUCCUGGAUCCAGGUGGUUAUCACAUUUGCUGGUGAUAGCUAGAUUUUAUUGAAUUUUUAUUUGGAGCUAUAUUUUAGUUAUAUUUGAGAUUUUAUCAGGGUUAUUUUCUUAA